CACUGUCCUGGGCAGCCUGUGCCAGUGCCUGAGUGCCUUUUCAGUGAGGAUGUUGAUUCCAAUUUCCAGUCUAACCCUUCCUAGGUACAAUCAAGGCCCUUUCCUCAGGUCCUGUCAGUUCUUACCAGGGAGAAGAGACAAACCCCAAAAAAGCUUCCCAUACCAUUGCUUUCCAAAUCUGGAGAGUUUGGUGGGCAGUGUUCAGAUCACCCCUGCCUUCUGUGUCCAUUCCUUACCCUCUGCAAACCCUGAAAUUUUAUUUUAUCCAUCUUCUGUAUAAACUCCUCAGAGAAGACUUCUGAGAUGAAAUGAGAGGUUAAUCUUCCCUCUCACCAUACAAAGCUGAACACGUGCGGUCUUCAACAUCCCUCUCUGAGUAUUUAUAGCAUAAAUAAAAUGAGAGGAUGCAAAGAAGUAAACCAUUUCCUCAUUUCUAAUCUUCCCAACAUAAACCCAGCUUCCUUGUCCAUCCCAUCCCUCCCCUAUCCAUCCCAGCCUGUUGCCGCUGUGCCAUGGGUGUCACAAGAGGUGUUGCAUGGGGACAACGGUGACAUUGAUUGCAACAGCCCCACGAGGCACCUCAGCCCCUGCCCCUGCAGCAGGGAGGGAGCAGGGCCAGCCCCAGCACCCCCACACACACAUGGGGCACUCCUGGGUUGGCCCAGGCCACUUGUGCCAGCAGCAACUGGGGCCUAUCCCACCCACCAGCACUGCUAUAAAUCCAGCCUGUUUGGGGCAAAGCAGCAUUCCCUGGCCCCAAGGGCAUCUGGACACAGCCAUUCCUGGUGGGUUUGCUGGCGCCUCAACACCCUGACCUUCUUCAGGCAGCCCUGUGAAGACCCAGGAGAGGCAGCAGCCAUGAAGAUCCUGUUCCUGCUCUUCCCCCUGAUCCUCCUGCUGGUCCAGGGUGCUGCAGGGAGUUCAGCUCGAUGCAGGCGCCGAGGAGGAUUCUGCAGCUUUGAUGGUUGUAGCUCCCAAACAAAACCUAUCGGAAGAUGUUCAGCAGUCAGUGUGUGCUGCAAGAGUCGUUGGGUUUGAAACUCUGAAAUUCCCAAGCAGGACAUCCCCUCACUUCUGGCUGCUGGACCCAUCUCCUGAUGUCCCCUCGUGUCCCUGCCUGUGCCGUGCCCAGCUGGGGUGACAGCAGCAGUGGCAGCUGCUCCUGCUGGGUGCUGCUGGGCUGGAGCCCUGUGGUGCCAGCCCCGCUGUCUUUGGGGCAGGGGCUGCUUUUCCCAGCUUGAAUAAAGACGAGCACUUUGGCAUUGCA